ACCAUGAUAAUUUUAAGUUGGGCUAGCUUCAAAACGAGAUAGCUGAUGAAAAUAACACAAAAGCUGAAGCCUUUUUACAUCAUCUUCACUUACAAUUGAAUUGACCACCUCACCAAAAAUCUCUCUCUUUCUCUCUUGCUUAUAUAGAUUGUAUCGUGUACAUAUUCAUAUCUUUAUCUAUAAGCUAUCAAAAUAUAGACUUUUUUAUUCUCCAUUAAGCAAUUACACAUAGUGCACACACUAAUAUUCUAAACAAAGACUUGGCAUUUCUGUAUGUAAAGACUCCAUUUUGAUCUUCAAGAACGCAUGGAUUUGCUUGUUUUUGAUUGAUUUCAGUACCCAUUUCGAUUUUCUAUCGGAAAGAGUGUAGAAGGAUAUGGAUGCAGAAAAAGCAAGGAAAAUUUCACAGCGUGCUGCAAAUAAUUGGUCCAACCAAGAUGAUGCUCGCAGAUCUCCCGAAUUAUCUCAUAUCCCAUCUACAUCAUCAAAAUUAGGUGCAGCAAAGGGUUUAGAUCAUCAUGUCCCAGGCUUCGUGCCUGGUGACCAGACAUGCUCAAAAGCAGAACCUCAGUCUGAUAAAAGAUGGUGGUUAACCCUAGAACCAACUGUUAGACAUUCACACAAUGGUAACAUAGAAGACUCAAAUGCCUUAGGGGCAGAAUGUGGAGUUUAUGGUGCUGUAUUACCAAAUAAGAAUGUGACAAUCAGUGAGGAAAAGCGACUUGACGAGGAAGGCAAUAUUCAAAAGUAUUUGGAAGGCAAAGAUGGUAAGCUAGCUGAUAGUCCGGAUAAGGCUUUUCUGGAUUUUAUGAAAAAUAACCAGAACGAUAAAAUGGAGAAACCUAAUGUUGUGACUGAAGACGACCUGUGUAGAGUGCCUAACAAGGAAUUGGAGGAGUCCUGGUGUGUAGAUGAAAAUUGGAAAGACUUGGAUUCUUACAAGUCCUCGGUUCAUGAAAAAUCUGAGAAGAUUUCCUCUGAACUUGAGUCUCAUUGGAUUGAAGUUGAGAAGAAUGAACCCUGGUGGCGUACUGCUGAUAAAAAUGAUUUGACUUCUUUAGUUUCUUGCAAAAAACUGGACCAAUUUGAGAACUGUGAUCUUCCACAACCUCAGAGCAAGCAUUGGACUGGGCCAUCUGAAUGCACACAGAGUUUUGAUCAAACCAUAAUUUUUGCUUCAUUAGGUAAAAAGGUUGAGAAAGAAACUGAUCUGGACGAGAAAACAUCAGAAAUACCCAAUUCAGUAAGCAUGUUGGAUACACAACACAUGAUGGGUGAUGUGCAGUGCUUUCCUAGUAGUUCAGACAAGCUAAUAAGCAGAAAUGAUAGUUCUGCAACUGAAGAAGAGGAGUCUGAAGCACUACAGAGGCUUGACAGUGAUCUUACUAAAACUCAGUUACUAGAGGCACUUUGUCACUCUCAAACACGAGCAAGGGAGGCUGAAAAAGCAGCACGGCAAGCUUAUGAUGAGAAGGAGCACAUAGUCAAGCACUUUUUCAUGCAGGCUUCACACCUCUUUGCUUACAGGCAGUGGCUCCAGAUGCUGCAGAUAGAGACCCUUUGCCUCCAGCAUCAAACCAACAUUGAUGAAAGCCUCCUGCAUACAAGCAACAACGUCGAGGGCCUCCAGCCUAAAAAUAACUAUGAUGAGUCAAUGAGUGCUAAAUUACCAGGUUUAUUAGCAGUCUCAGGGGAUGACAGGAAAGGGAAGAAGGCUCGAAGAAAGGCUACAAAGAGGGGUGGGAUACCAAAUUACAAGCUAAGAAGAUCUAUUGUCAGUUUUGCUUUAGGCUUGAGUCUUGCUGGUGCUGGUUUGCUACUUGGUUGGACUUUAGGCAGGUUCUUUCCUGCUCUGUGAACUAGUUAUGUUUAUAUCGUCGAGUUAGAAUUAUGGCGUGGUAUGUUAAAACCAGAGUACAAAACUAAUCUCUAUCUGUUUAUAAAUUUCGUACAUGGCUAUACCCAUCUUCUGAAUGAUGUAAAAAUUUCGUUUAUAGGAAGAAAACAAAUCGUUUAGUUUUAGACAACCAUGAAAAAAGUUUGUGCUUCACCAGUC